AUGGCAGGAGUUCUCUUCAACAUUGCUCAGGGGAUCCUUGGGAAUUUGAGUCCUCUGGCUUUCAAAGAGAUCAAUCAGCUCUGGGGUUUCAAAGAUGAGCUUAAAAAGCUUAAGGGCACAGUUUUCACAAUUCAAGCUGUGCUUCUGGAUGCGGAGGAGCAACAGGUUGGGAGUCAUGCAGUUAGAAAUUGGCUGGAAAAGCUAGAGGAUGCCAUGUAUGAUGCAGACGACUUGCUAGAUGAUUUCUCCAUUGAAGCUCUGCGGAGAGAGAUUAUGACCCGUGAUAAGACGGCAAAAGAGGUAUGCAUCUUCUUUUCCAAAUCAAACCAGCUUUUAUAUGCUCUUAAAAUGGGCCAUAAGAUUAAGGUGAUAAGAAAGAGGUUAGAUGCUAUUAAUGCAGACGCAAUGAAUUUCAACUUAAAGUUGCGCACUAAAGAGACACCAGUCAUGAAUAAGAAGAGGGAUAACACUCAUUCUUUUGUACAAGCUGAAGCAAUUAUUGGUCGAGAGUGUGAUAAGAAGGCAGUUAUAAGCCAUCUGAUGGACUCUAGUGUCAAAGAGAAUGUUUCAAUCCUUCCAAUUGUUGGCAUCGGGGGAUUAGGAAAGACUACACUAGCUCAACUCAUAUUCACUAGUAAGGAGAUUGAAAAGCAUUUUGAGCUAAAAAUGUGGGUUUGUGUCUCCGAUAACUUUGAUGUUAAAAUCAUUGUUGAAAAAAUCUUAGAAUCUGCAACAAAUAAAAAAACAAAAAAGCUUGCAAUGAAUACUUUGGUUAAAGAACUUCGAAAAAAUAUUGAUGAAAAGAAAUUCUUACUCGUUCUGGAUGAUGUGUGGAGUGAGGAUAUUAACCAGUGGCUUAAGUUGAAAGAAUUGUUGAUGGGUGGUGCAAGAGGCAGUAAAAUAUUAGUAACUACACGCAGUGAAAAGGUUGCAAAUAUUACCCACACAAUUAAACCACAUUUAUUAAGUGGUUUAAAUGAGCCUGCAUCAUGGUUUUUAUUUAAGCAGACUGCAUUUGAGAAAGGACAAGAGCCGAAAAAUUCAAUCAUCGUGGAAAGUGGGAGGGAGAUUGUAAAAAAGUGUGCAGGUGUCCCUCUCGCUAUAAGGACAAUGGGAAGCUUAUUGUACUCUAAAACUUCAGAAACAGAGUGGUUGACUUUUAAGAAUAAUGAACUCCCAAAAAUAACUCAAAAAGAAAAUGACAUCUUACCGACGCUUAAGCUGAGUUAUGAUUAUCUUCCAUCACACUUGAAGUACUGCUUUGCUUUUUGUAGUUUGUUUCCAAAGGAUUACAAGAUUGAUAUAUCAACACUUAUUAAGCUUUGGAUAGCACAUGGGUUUGUUAAGUCAUCUGAUGAUCAAAAUCAAUGCUUGGAAGAUGUUGGUAAUGAAUAUUUUAUGGAUUUACUUUUGAGAUCAUUCUUUCAAGAAGCUAAGAUGGAUGAGUUUGGUAAUGUAAUUGAAUGCAAAAUGCAUGACCUCAUGCAUGAUCUUGCCACAUCAGUGGCAGGAUCGUGGAUCACCACAUUAGAUGAUAAGAAGAGAAACAUUGAUGAGAAAGCUCGUCAUGUAUCAGUUGCUUACGGUAUAAAUAUUUCACGUGGAGUUCCAACUUUAUUGUGUAAAGCAAAUAGGAUGCGAACAUUUCUUUGCUUUGGAUUGUCAGUCGAGGAUAAUAUUGAUUGUGAUUCAACUUUUUCGAGUUCCAAGUUCUUACGCGUGUUGGAUUUGCAUCAUGAUUUUACAGUUUAUUCUACUUUUGAUAGUUUGCCAAAUUUAAGCUCUAUCGGGAAGUUGAAGCAUUUAAGGUAUCUUGAUCUAUCUGGAAACAAAAUUAUGAAGAAGUUGCCUGAUUCUAUAACCAAUUUGCAAAAUUUGCAAACACUAAGACUCUCCAAUUACAUAGUGGUAGCAGUGGUUUACAAGAACUAA